UUGAAUUCAAUUAAUGAGAAAGGGUUCGCUACGACGUAACUCUACGUCUCGUAAAAAUUAUAGCUCAAUAUCGUGUCACCCUACCCCUUAAGUCUUCUCCACCCUCGUCCACUUUCACCAGCCGCCUUUUCUUUUCAUUUCAAAAACGGCCACAACAUGUUUUUCCCGAAUCAUACCCUUUCGGUAACGUCGUGAUGUCACCCCACUACAUUUUUCUCAUAGUGUUCUCCUGAUGGUGACACACCCCACCACGGGCACAACCCUCCAUCCACAAUUCCAACCAAUCAAACAGCCAGACCGACGUACAUAACCCAGCGUCAAAACCUUUAUACAAACGUACAUCUAUUUCGAAUAAAAGAUCGAACCUUUUUCCAGAAUUCUGAAAUCGAACAUACGGGCAUAUUUACGAGUAUAUUUUUUGUCUCCAUAGUUUUUUUUAUUGAAGAUCUGUCAAACGACACACGACUACCAGUGUACACAACACGAGCUGUGUCAUAUGUGGUUUUUUUUUUUUCAAGUUAGAGAAAAGAGAAAGUGAGGGACAUGUGUGUUUGCCACGGCACCUUCCUCAACCCCUCUUUGGAUUACCCAAUACUCACAUAAUUUUGCAUUCAUGGCUGUGCAAAAUACCUACUCAUACUUACCAUUCCUGAUUACUAUAAUUUUAUGAAUGAUAUAAUGUGAAAUGGACAUGAAUGGUGGGGUUUACUGUGCGUUCGAAGAAACCGCACAGUGAAAAGGAUGAAUAUCUUCAAUUGACAAUUGAAUCACUGAUGAUUUCACAAUUAAAAAUCUUCCCAUUCGAUCUAGAGUCUGAAAAAAAUUAUAAAUAAUUUUCUGAGCGUCUGUAAUUACCGAGACCUUUAUGGACGAUUUCUUCGAUUAAUCACCUCUCAUGCACAAUCGGGCGGAUCGACCAAAUGCACUAACGAGAAUAAAUGAAUAGUCAUAUGCGGUCGUAAAACGAAUACGAGAUGGGGACUUACACAUGCAUAAAUUCUGAGCGGUGAAAAUUCGGGAAAAAUAUGACAAAACGAAUAAUCCAUGGCUCAAGGGGGUGGGGGAAAUCGGCGCUGGUUCGGCGGUAGGGACGGUAAAGCGAUGUGACAGAUCAGCACAGGGGGGCACAUGGAAUUGGUUGUGGAUACAGUGUGGUGGUGAAUAUCCAGAGAAGGACCCAAAAACCGCGUGCAACUGGGGAGGGGAUGAUUUUUGGUGAUGUGAAUACUGUGACUGGAAAAUUUAUUGCUGUGAUGUCGUGAAUUAAUGCCAAUGGUUAAAUUGAUAUUUAUUAACCUCAAGAGAAACAGCACGUCGAGAAUCAAAGUGGUGCUGGGCCACGCGUAUGACGUGGAGAAAAUAUCACGGGUAUAGGGCUUCAAAAUGUCGUCAACAGCUCUCCCGGAGGCGGUAUUAGCAUCGAGUGAGCUGGACAGUGAGAGUUCAAGUGUUGGAGAUGAGCGCGACACCCAGAAGCGUACGCGAGAGGACACCGACUCGUGUAGUCCAAAAAAACGUAGAAAACAGACGACACCUGUGCGAGUGCCAACAUCCCUGUCAACUCCUACUGAAAGACCCGAAUCGGAGGAAGACUUUGAGAGCGAGGGAGAUAUCAAUGGUAUAAACAGACUAGACGAGACAGCCGAGUACAAAGUUAAUACACCGGAUGAGCCGACCGGGCCCACAGCCGAGGAAAAUCCAAGCGGCGAAUUCGAGACUGAGGACAUCAACAGUCCAGCCUCAUCAUCAGGGCCUAGCACUCCCUUUCCCAGUAAUGUCCGAAUAAAACUCGAGAACCCGACUCCGGAGGAGCCGGAGAAUCCCAUGAAUCUAUCUAGUCUUAGUAUAAAGAAUUUUGCAAACUCAUGGCUGUCCGGUCAUUCGCAGCUUCAACAGCAGGAGGCCACAGAUUGGACUGGACAGAAUGCCGUGACAUCAGUUGCCAAUCAGUUAUCCGGUCUACCUUUUCCCGGAGCCCUCGCUCAGUACCUCCCGGUCCCGGGAUUCUCACUGGAUCCUGGUCAACUUCCACGACUUCCAGUUGGCCCAGCGCCCAUAAGAAUCUUCAAUCCCGACGCCUACUGUGAUCUCUGUAACAAAGAGUUCUGUAAUAAAUACUUCCUGAAGACGCACAAAGCCAAUAAGCAUGGAAUCUACGUUGACACACCGCAGCAAAACUCGAGUGACAAUAAUGGAAUGCAUUAUUCUAAUUUACCGUUUCCCAUGGGAAUCGGUAAAAUUGAACAAACCUUACCACCACCACCCCCACCACCUCCGUUAAAAAUGGAAAUGCCAGUCACGCAAAUGAUGUCCUGCGAAGUCUGUCAAAAGCGAUUUAAAAAUGAUGAGUCCCUCCGUAAACACAAACAGAGGUGUCACAUGGAGGGCUCGCAGAGUGAUUUACAGGCAGAUUCACAGGGAGUCAGAGAUUAUAACUCAUCUCUUGGAGGUGAUGACAAAGAUACCUCGGGAAAUAGUCCUAGUGCUAUGGAGUCACUUUUCAAACAGGAGUAUGGGGUAGAACAGGAGGAUACGAAGUUUAUGCCAGCACCGAGACAUCUGUCCCCUCAAUCGAGUCAGCAAGCGCGUGAAUCGGGCUUCAGUAUUGAUAGACUUCGACGUCUGGGAGUACUAAAUAUCGAAGCAUUCUGUGAAAUAUGUUGUAAAGAGUAUUGCAAUAAAUAUUUCCUAAGAACGCACAAGAUGAAGAGACACGGAAUUAUCAUUCAGGAUAAUGAAAAAUCACCGAGUAAUCCCGGUGCUGCAGCUACCUGGCAUCAGAUCCAAACGAGUCCCCUCAAUCUCAUUGUCACCGACAGCAAUCCAGGGGGAUCAGAAUCCAAUGAUAAGUCCGAAGAGUACGAGUGCAAAUCAUGUGGAAUUAAAUUCCAAACUCAUGGUCUUUACCGCUUACAUCGAGCAAAAAUGCAUGAAACUAGUGAUGAUGAGAAGUCAACGAAGCAAGACGCAGAUGAAGAACGCACUGAUUCGAUCUCCGAGGACCUCCAGAAGUUGCAGACAAUGAUUCUCCAGCUGAAUGGCUUGAAUUCUAGUAAAACAGCGACAUGUGAAAUUUGUGGAAGAGAGUGCGAGAACAAAUUAGCUCUGAAAACUCACAUGACCUUGGAGCAUGCGGGACAUCUGCAAGAUGAACAGCCCUUGUCACCGGGUCAAUUGAUCGAAGGUUCGUCGAAUAACGCAGGUGGGAGCACAUGUUGUUCUGUCUGCGAGAAAGAAUUUGCGAGUCACGAAGCAUUGAAGCAGCACAUAGCAGAGGACCACCACAAUCGACAAUCAUCACCGAUGCUGAAGAGUACACUUGGGUCCAAUAACUCACAAAAUCAUCCUGUACUUCCAGGGACCCCGUCGUCCCUGCACCCACCAACGUCAUCAGGUGCGCCAGUCCCACCGAUUCCUCCACCGCCAGACAAGAAGCUCUCGUCAUUAACCCCAACAUCUAGCUACUGCGAAAUUUGUAAUAAAGAACUUUGCAACAAGUACUUCAUGAAGACCCACAUGCAGAGAAUGCACGGCAUCGAAAUUGAAAAUGGUUCCCAGAUCGGAGGAGUUAUUUGCAACAUAUGUAAUAAAGAAUUGUGCAGUAAAUACUUCCUCCGAGUUCACAAACACAAUACACAUGGGAUAAUCGAUGAGGGAACACCAGUGAACAGUAGUAAACAAGAGAGCUUCGAAGCACUGCCAAACAUCGAUGACAUAGCGCUGAAGCCCGAUCAAUUGGGCGAUCUCAGUCACCGAUACUUUACGCAUUUCAAUGAAGUCUGUCCGAUAUGCAAUCGACGAUUCCGGAGUAUCAAAUGGCUCAAAGCCCAUUUUUUGAGUGACCACGGCAAGGCAGGAGUUGACAAAUGGCGUGAACUGGAACAGCAGUAUCAGAAUACAUCUAGAACGAGACCAGGACCGACCGGUUCCUCCACCAAAUUAACUCAACAAAAUCCGAACAUCAAAAUUCCCAAUGGCUUAGACAUUACCCAGACCGCGAAAGCGGGUGACUAUGGAGGACUGGGAAAUCAAGUGCUCUCGACCCUAUUCGGUGGCCAUGAGGAUCAACAGACCAAGAACUACAGAUGCUCAUACUGCAGCUUCACAACACCUGUUCUACCUUUCUUAUUUCUUCACGAGAGAUCACACAUGACGAAUCAGGAGGGAAUAACCACUGAGAACAAUCUCCAAUGUCCAAUUUGUUCUCAGACAUUUCCGCAACCGGAAGCCCUGCACCAUCAUCUAGUCUCUCGUCACCAAUUCUCGAAUUUACUGUCGCAGUAUCAGCAGCUGGUGGGUAAUGAUUCAAGAACUGAUGGCCCAGAGCGCCAAGAGGAUCAGAAGGACGCGGAGUUGAAGGAGGAACGAUCCGUUGACAGUCAAGGAAGCUCACCCAUCCUUCCAACAGAAUCAUCGAAAAACCCCAAAGAAGAGUCUGGUGUUGUCAACGUAACUGCUCAGGGUGCCUACAAAUGCGCUGAAUGUGGUUUUGCAACGGCAAAUCUUCACAGAAUAAAGGCACACGUGAAGAAGAAUCACAAGGCCAGAGGCGAUCCGACGGAGAGUGUCAUUGCUGAACUGAGUAAGACACUUCGCGAGGUGGCUAAUAAGCACAAAGUACCUGCUAGUUAUGCAAUGCCACAGGAUAUGAACUCAAAUCCCGAUGCGACGAUAAUGCAGCCAUUCAUCCUGGAGGAGCGAAAUUUCACAUUUGGCGAUGAAUCAUCCAGCAAUGACAGGAGAUUUGCACCAGCACUGGUUUAUCUGCCGGUACGUACACGUAUCAACGGUGUCAUGACUGCUUCCUUUACCCUUAGUCCUGCCUCGAUCAUCUCGUAGUUAUUCUUCGCUGA